AUUCUCUGCUGCUACCGCGCUCUCAACCCCUACUACUACAAAUACGCCGUGGAUGGCAUCAACGUCUUCGCCGUCAACCUGUUGCCACUGGUGCUGGUGACACUGGUGCUGGGCUACGUGGACAGCCACAACCUGACCAGUUCCCCCGUGAAGUUCACGCUGGCCCUGCUCAGCAUCAUGCCCCUCUCCUACUACAUCGGGAUGGCCAUCGCCAGCAUCUCAGCCCAGAGCAACUUUGCGGUGGGAGCGGUGGUGAACGCCACGUUCGGCUCCAUCACGGAGCUCACCUUCUACAUCACGGCCCUCAUCAAGGGCUCGCGCGAGGGCAACCGCUGCUACGCCGAGAUCGUCAAGUCGGCCUUGACGGGGACGCUGGUGGGCUGCGUCCUCUUCGUCCCGGGUCUGUGCAUGGUCAUUGGGGGCAUCCGGCACCAGGAGCAACGGUUCAACAGCCGCUCGGCGGGUGUCAGCUCAGCCCUGCUCUUCCUCUCCGUGGGAGGGCUCUGACCCUGCAUCCUCAUAUCCUCCAUCCCACGCCAGUGCAGGGGACACCCCCUGGGGUCUCUGUGCUGGACCCUGGUGGCACUGAACACGUCACUUGUGUCCCACAGACCCCUGGUGUACACAGUGUCCUUCCUGCUCCCUGCCGCCUACCUCAUCGGCCUCUUCUUCACCCUGAAAACUCACUCUCACAUCUACGACAUCCACAUCAGCGACUGUCACAUGCCUGGUCACCACCACAGUGCUGUGGUCCACUGGUCUCGCUGGCGGGCCCUGGUCAUCCUCCUGCUCUCCACCCUCUGCAUGUCGGCCUGUGCCGACCUGGCCACGGAGCACAUCAGCCCCAUCCUCACCAACUCCACCAUCUCCCAGUACUUCAUCGGUGUCACCGUGCUGGCAAUGGUGCCUGAGCUGCCGGAAAUUGUCAACGGCAUCCAGUUUGCGCUGCAGAACAACCUGAGCUUGAGCAUUGAGAUUGGGAACUGCAUCGCCGUCCAGGUCUGCAUGCUCCAGAUCCCCAUCCUGGUGCUCUUCACCAUCUUCUACCCGACCAACUUCACGCUCGUCUUCAGUGACCUCCACGUCUACGCCAGCAUGUUCAGCGUGGUGCUGAUGAACUACAUCUUCAUGGAUGGCAAAUGCGACUACUUCCAAGGCACGGUGCUGGUGAUGGUCUACUUCAUCCUCCUGGCCGUGUACUUCUUCGCCCCGUCGCCCAGCGGUUGCUGA